GGUGACACGAAUGUGGAUUUGGUUAUUCGGUAUUUUGUUUGUAAUUCUAUGCGUUUUGGCAAUCUGCAUUCAAUACGAAGGAAGUCCACGAGCGGUUGAGAUAACAGCUUCAAGAUUUUUAAAUCGCCUGGUUACCACUCACGAAGGGAAGGCGCAUCUGUGAUGUUAUUUUUUAUAAGCCAGGAUGGAUGGUUCCAGAAGAUUGCGAUCUCCCCGCGGUUAACACCCGUGCACUUGUAAACACCGCAGGUCGCCGCUUACCCCGGGUGCCCAACAAGCCGGCCGGUGGGCCGCCCGCUGCCGAGGGCGUCAACACGCUCUAUGGAUUUUGGGGCGCAGGGUUGCGGUGUUGAUUGUAUGUGAGUGUUGAGAGCAGCGGUGCGGUUAAUGCAGCCGGGAAUUGGCUGUGCCCAGUGACGUGCGCCUCCUCACUGCAGUCAGCUGAUUGGGAAAGGACUGAGCGCGGUUGCAGGCACCAUGGCACCGAUCGGGUUGAAGGCGGUGGUCGGAGAGAAAAUUAUGAAUGAUGUCAUCAAGAAGGUGAAGAAGAAGGGAGAAUGGAAGGUGCUGGUGGUGGACCAACUCAGCAUGAGAAUGCUGUCUUCCUGCUGCAAGAUGACUGAUAUCAUGACAGAGGGCAUCACAAUUGUUGAGGACAUCAAUAAACGCAGAGAACCCCUGCCCAGUUUGGAAGCAGUUUAUCUCAUCACUCCGUCAGAGGAGUCUGUGCGUGCACUGAUCAAUGACUUUAAGGAUGCUCCCUCGUCCAAAUACAGAGCUGCGCACGUCUUCUUUACAGACUCAUGUGCUGACCCAUUGUUUAAUGAGUUGGUGAAGUCCCGAGCAUCGAAGGUUAUCAAAACUCUCACUGAAAUCAACAUUGCUUUUCUUCCAUAUGAAUCACAGGUUUACUCAUUAGAUGUACCAGAUGCGUUCCAGAGUUUCUACAGUCCGCAUAAGACGCAGUUACGAAACCCUCUGAUGGAGCGAUUGGCUGAGCAGAUUGCAACCCUCUGUGCCACACUGAAAGAAUAUCCUGCUGUCAGAUACAGGGGAGAUUACAAAGAAAAUGCCAUGCUUGCACAACUGGUUCAAGACAAACUUGAUGCUUACAAAGCUGAUGAUCCAACAAUGGGGGAGGGUCCCGAUAAAGCCCGCUCACAACUGUUGAUACUAGAUCGUGGAUUUGACCCAGCAUCUCCAGUUCUCCACGAGCUGACGUUCCAGGCCAUGGCCUACGAUUUGCUGCCGGUUGAAAAUGAUGUUUACAAGUACGAAACAAGUGGGAUUGGUGAAAACCGGGUCAAGGAGGUGCUUCUGGAUGAGGACGAUGAUCUCUGGAUCACUCUCCGUCAUAAGCACAUUGCAGAGGUGUCUCAGGAAGUGACGCGGUCAUUGAAAGAUUUUUCUUCAAGCAAGAGAAUGGCAACUGGAGAAAAGACAACCAUGAGGGAUCUGUCCCAGAUGCUAAAGAAGAUGCCACAGUACCAGAAGGAGCUCAGUAAGUAUUCCACACAUCUUCACCUUGCUGAGGACUGUAUGAAGCACUACCAGGGCACUGUGGAUAAACUAUGUCGAGUUGAACAGGAUUUGGCCAUGGGGACAGACGCUGAAGGAGAGAAGAUCAAAGACCCAAUGCGUGCUAUUGUUCCCAUACUGCUGGACAACAAUGUCUCCACUUACGAUAAAAUUCGCAUCAUCCUUCUCUACAUUUUUCUUAAGAAUGGAAUCACGGAGGAGAACCUGAACAAACUGAUUCAGCAUGCCCAGAUUCCACCCGAGGACAGUGAAAUCAUCAACAACAUGGCUCAUCUUGGCAUCCCCAUCGUCACCGAUUCAACUUUGCGCCGUAGGAACAAGCCAGAACGCAAGGAGAGGAUCAGUGAACAGACUUAUCAACUGUCUCGAUGGACACCGCUCAUCAAGGACAUCAUGGAGGAUGCCAUUGAUGACAAGUUGGACACUAAACAUUACCCAUAUAUCUCUGCCCGUUCCACUGCCUCAUUCAGUGCCACUGCUGUCAGUGCCCGAUAUGGUCACUGGCAUAAGAAUAAAACUCCGGGAGAGUACAGGACAGGACCCCGGCUCAUCAUCUUCAUUAUCGGAGGGACUUCAUGCUCGGAGAUGCGGUGUGCUUAUGAGGUGACACAGGCCAAUGGCAAGUGGGAAGUGCUAAUAGGGUCGACACAUGUCCUUACUCCCCAGAAGUUACUAAACUCACUAAAGAAAAUGAAUAAGCCAGAUGAAGAAGCCAGCAGUUAAGAGUGAAGCUGUACAUCAAGGCGUUCCCACACUCUGAUCCCCAAAUGUUCCCUUCCCACUGAGGAGAAUAUUACUGUCUGUGAAGUUUUGAUGUUGCAUCUUUGUAAUUCAACAUGUAUGUAUUGAGCUAAACAAUAAGGCUAGUGAAUUUAAUUAAACCCGUUUAACAAUGGAUGCAACGUUUUGAAACAAAAAGCUACAUUAAACUGUAAUUACCAAAUCUUAUAAGGAUGCUCUGAAUACUGCUAGGAUGUGACAAUGGUAGAAUUCUGUUUGUUUAUUUAGUGUACGUUUUCAUCAGUGGAGGAACAAACUGCAUGUACUUAUUCGUUAAUAAGCAAAUAGUGAUUCCAAUGUAAGCAGAGAUAAAACUGGUUGGACUGUUUCUCAUUCAUAGUCUUCAACCAAUCAGUACAAGACAGAUCUUUAACACAAUCCAGAGUUAUCUUCUGUGGUCUCUGUAUCUCAGAGCCAGAUUCAGCUUUAACCCAAUUCACUUGGGACCAAGGUUUGUUGAAAUCAGCCUGGUGUGAGAUCAUUGAGAGACCUAUCAGAAGAAGGUGACAUUUGGAUGAAAAUUCCUGAACAUUCCUCCACGAAUUUUCAAACAGAAGUAUUCUCAUCUUUUCUGUGUAGUGUCAAAGUCAUGCUUGCUAAAAGAGCCAAUGUUAUUUCAGUAUUGUAUUUAGCAAAAUGCCGUUUGAUUGGGUAGUAUCAAGGUGAACAUAAUGCACUGAGAUGUAUAGUGGGUGUGUGUCAUUUCUUUCUGUAUUGUCCCCUGGUGACAACGUGAAGUAGCGCCUUUAAUUUAUGAGUGUCUCUGCCCUGUGUCUGUUGUUGUGUGAAGCAGGUUUGUGGUUUCUGAGGAUAUUUUCCCUCUGGGCAUUGCUAUAUCUUCCAUUUGUUGAAAGGGAUAUUUACCUUCCAGUCUCUGCUCGUUUAUUUUGUAAGCAAAGGCUGUGUGAUGCACUGACUGCUUGUGAUGCAGAAAGCUUCCUUUGCCAUUGUAUAUGAUCUCUGUGUCAACAUAUUUAUAUUUAUCUGAAAGUUUAGUCUGCCUUGAUCCCACGUUCCUUUAAAACUUAAUCAGAUUCUUACUUCGGUGUGUUUAAGCACAAAUUGUACUUUGUGGUACUGAUACUGAAUGGACAAAUAAAUUGAAUCUGAUGAGAUUGCUUGUAGAAUGGU